CUGGGCGCAUCACGGAUAUUCGCGCACUUGUUCAAAAUGGCCGCCCCUGUAGCUACAGCCGGUGUAUCGCAUAUGUCACAAGGGCAACCUCAGCAACAGCCACAGCCACCCCAACCACCACAGCAGCCGACUGAUGUUGACCCUGUUGCUAAAUUUAAAUCUUUGCUUUUACCUCGUCUAAAGGAAUCAUUAGCUACGUUAUUCAAGGUUGCUGGUCAAGCCUUCAAUCAGAAUGCACAACAAGAUAGUGGAUUCAAACCAGCAGAGGGCCACCAGCAGAAGUUUGAGAAGAGUCUGGAGGAAUUCUACGGUGUCUGUGACCAGGUGGAGGUGUCCCUACGGUUAGCUCUUGAGAGUCAGUCGCAAGUAUCCGAUAGCAACAAGUUCACCCCCCAGCCCGUGCUGCAAGCCAAGGGUGACACCCCCCCCACAGAGGGCCAGCUGUACCCUAACUACCUGGCAACAAUCAGGUCACAGAUCACGUGUGCCAAAGAAGUGCACGAUAUGCUCCAUGAAUGUGUGCGGAAACUCUCGGAGAGACCUUGAUGUGUCACACCAACUCGGAGAAAGUGACACCAUGUGACAAUGUGACUGGAUGAUGUCAUGUGACAAUGUGCCUGGAUGACACCAUGUGACUGUAUGACACCAUGUGACAAUGUGACUGGAUGACACCAUGUGACUGGAUGACACCAUGUGACAAUGUGACUGGAUGACACCAUGGUACAAUGUGACUGGAUGACACCAUGUGCCUGGAUGACACCAUGGUACAAUGUGACUGGAUGACACCAUGGUACAAUGUGACUGAAUGACACCAUGUGACAAUGUGACUGGAUGACACCAUGUUACAAUAUGACUGGAUGACACCAUGUGACAAUGUGAAUGGAUGACACCAUGGUACAAUGUGACUGGAUGACACCAUGUGACAAUGUGAAUGGAUGACAACAUGUGACAAUGUGACUGGAUGACACCAUGUGACAAUGUGAAUGGAUGACACCAUGUGACAUAUGACUGGAUGAUGUCAUCUAACAAUGUGGCUGAAAUCCGAUUGUUUACAGUAACACUGAGGGCACAUGUGACACACAUGGUUACAAAUGUGCUAAACUUGUGAUCCAGGUGUAAUGGGAACAGGCCUGUAAUGGUGGCAUUUGAAGGGAUGGGAAUCUAUGCCAGUAAUACAGGUACUGAGCUCUUGAUCCCGUAGUGCUUGGUAUCACGUCACCUGGACAAUCAAGUCUGUCACAAGGCACCUGGCUUAGCUCACCUUGUCUCUGCAUGAACCAGACCAGCUACCCCACAGUGAGUGACUGUAUGUGAAUGUGACUUUGAGAGUGAUAGAGUUUAUUCCAGAAACAUCAAGACAGGGGUCAUCAACAUCAGAUAAUUAAAACUUGGUCUUCAGAGUGAUAAGCAAAUGUUGCAACUAUGUGAACUAUGGACUUUGCUCCCUCUAGUUGUUACAAAAGUAACUGGGAAGUCAGCAUUACAAGUGGAGCAGAUAAAGUGCAAAAUAUUGGGGAAUUGCUAACACAAGCAUGAAUCUUUACACACGUGUCCCUUGUUGUAUGAAUACAUGGAUUAAGAAAAAUAUGUUGGCUUCCUGGAAAUCCAAGAUGGCUGAAAAUUUUCAAGAUGGCCACCAAUGUCAUGUGGACCUGGGAGCAUGGGUGGCCCACAGCUCACAGGCACUGUCGGUUGCUGCACAGAGAGAUGUGAUGUCAGAGUCAGCUAGUAAUGAGUUUGAAUCCAAGAUUAUGAUCCUUGGUUAUGUCAUUCUGACCUGGGUCAUAUCUGGUUUUCCUCACGCAUAAAGCUGACGUGCCAUGGUCUUACUGCCAUGCCGUGAUAUAACAAGAAUGCUUUGGAAAUUGUGUAAAUCGAUCUCACUUAAUCUCAGACACUAGGAAGAACUGCUGGAAUAUGGCUUUGUGCAGCACUAAACAACAAACAAACAAAACUGGGAAGACGAAGGUAGACACAUGAAAAUAAGACAAUCGCAGCCAGGUUGGAAUCAAAAUGUUUUCAUUGAUGAACAUGAAACUCAGAUUUAGACUUUGAUGACGGUGUGUCAUUGUACCGGUAUGUCAUUUUACCGGUGUGUCAUUGUACCGGUGUGUCAUUGUACCGGUGUGUGUGUAAUUCUCAUUAUCGUUUCACAUUCAAUAUUGAAUAAAUACAUGUAUUGCCAACAACAUCUCCCCUGACUGACAUGUGACAAAAUUCAGGUGGGGUAUAACCUUAUGUAGAGUACCAGCGCUACCAAUGCCAAGGUCAUAUCAGGAAUAUUUGUGGAAUUGUUUUGAUGAGAAUAAAUAUUGGAUAUGCAGA